ACACAACACCUUAAUCCCUUUUACUCUAUCAGUUGCCAUACCCCUCUCUCUAAAAUAACCCAACACCCACAGCUUCAGAACCCAAUAGCCACAGCUUCAGAAAAUUAAAAGAAAGAAGAAAGAAAGGGAUAAGAGAGAACGGGGAGAGCAGAGGGGAGGAAGGAAGAAGAAGGAGGCGGCGCGGUGGGUGUCACUGCCACCGUUGCCGUCGUUGUGGGCAGAGGAGAGAGGAGACCCGAGAGAGAGAGAGAGAGAGAAAGAGAGAGAGCCGCCAGGAGCUGCUGCGUCGCCAUCAUCGUCGAAGGACCAGCUGAGGGAGAGCGACACCGAAGAGAGAAGAAGACGCGAGCAAGGACAGAGAGAGAUGGGGACUGCGUCAGCUCGCUGUCUAGCCCAAGCCUCGUCGCCGUCGCCACCGCAUCCUCGCCGCAUCUCCAAAGCUGCAUCGUCGAUUAGGUUAGGGGGAGGGAGAACUGUGAGCGACCAGAGGAGGAGAAGAACGCAUGGUGAUGGGUGUUCUCUUAGCCAUCACCGUCGAAGGAUGCUCCACCGCCGCCGCCGGAAUCACGAACCGGGGAGGAGAGGGAGGCUGUUUCCAUCGCCAUCCCAGGUGUUAGAGAGGACCGUCGUCGUCGCCGUGGGAGCUCGCCACCACUGUGAAGAUGAACCGAGGCAAGUAUUCUUGCUUUUGGUUUCCAUUCUAUUUUUACUUUUGGUUUUUGCUCUGUUCUUGCUUCUAGCUUUUGUUCUGAUUAUUAGGGUUUGCGAUUCUGUCCCCUUUAAAGCUACUACCGGUUGUUUUGAAAAUUUUGCCGAAAAUCUCAUCGUCAAGCCUGGAAGGAGUUGCCGCUGUUGUUGUCUCGGCCACUGUCGAUUUAUCUAUUGCAAAGUCAUAAUUGAUCAUGGAACUGCUAAGAUCGUUGCUGCUGCCAUGAAUUAGGGAUAAAUGGGAUUAUUGAGUAAAAUUCUGCGAUUGAAACAUCGAGGUAGGGGCACCUUUCUUAAACUUGUUUUACUUCACAGAGUUGUUAUAAAUCGAUAUUAAUGGGUAGAAUA